UCCUGCGGACACGCGAGUAGCUGCUUCGUGGACACACAGGGCUCGAAAAUAGACGAGAAAGCAGAUCGCACCGAUACCGUGGCCAGGCUGCGAAAGUGAAACGACCGUGCGUGACUCAGGCCGUGUGCGGGCAAUCGGGCGCCGGAAGCGGGUUGCGAUCGCGGGGGGGCGAGACUCUUCGACAGAGCGACACACACGGGGGGUGACAUCAGUACGUCGGAGCCACCAUCGCAUCGUGUGUAGCCAGCGCCGUGUGUGUAUGUGCCUGCCGCAGUGACGACGAGUUGUGUGCGCUAUAGUACAGCCUACAGGGAAGGCAAAGGAGAAGCUAGAAACGGAAAAAACAAGCCUACUACGACCUGCUGCGGCAAAGAAGGAACGCCAGAACGGAUCCGGCCCACCAAAUCGCAGCGAAAAACGUCUUGCAGCAGCAGCAACCGAGGAGAUUCGCGUUCGACGGAGGUGAAGCUGAAGCGCAGCGACCGGGACGACGUAAUUUCGAGCGGCCGAGUCGAGGUGGUAUCUAGUGGUUCCACCUUUUCUUUGUUGUGCUGCCUGCCAUCAUCAUCGUCAGCACGCAAAAACCUAGCAAAGGAAGUUCAGCAGCAGCAACAGCGGCGGGUGCACAAUUGCUGUCAGUGUGUGUGCGUGCGUGUGUCGGUGCGUGCGUUGGCCACAUCCCAGCAGCGCGCCCCAUAUUCGUGCGUCCAACCCGGGUGACAGGUUGCAGAACUGCGGAUUUCCAGUGACGGGAAAGCGACGAAAGACGUGUCGACCCGCUGUCGACACGGAUACGGCUGGGUCGCGGGACAUUCCGUGCUCGGGGCGGGUGUGCCAAAAAAAUAAAAACGGAACACUCGUACGGGGCAACAGGCAGCCAGCAGCAGCAGCAGCUCACCCGUGUAUAGGGCGCGCUUGCGUCUUAUCCUCAUUGAACAUCCCGUGUGCGUGCGUGCGUGCGUGCGUACAUGUGUGUGGCGAAAAAGUGCACGGCUUGCAGCGAGACAGCAUAGAUUUGUUUUCAUAGUGUCUCAUCGGGCCGUGGGCCAGCUUCUCGGCGUGGACCAACCCUCAAUCAACCACCUACAACCAUUUUUGAACCAAUCGGCAACCACCGCUAAUAGUAACGGCAUCCCAAAACAACGCACACACACCGUUUCGAGUGUGGGAGAGUAGGUCGUGCGAGCUGUCAAACGUCCCAAACGUCACGGCGAUUUGUCAUACAAAUCGGCAUUCGUGCGGCGUUCGCGUGCAUGCGAGCGAGUGUGUGUUGAUAUCUUCACCGCCCACUCCCCUCCGCCCGGCGGUCCGUUCGUUUGGCCAGUGCUCUGCCUGCUCUUCCGGUUCUGUAACACUCAACCAACUCCGGCGAACCCUUCGAAACCCGGUACCCAAAAGGUGCAGGGCCGGGGAAACGGGGAAGUCGCACCCGCCAAUCAACCAUACCGACCGCCGAUUUACCUUUCCCGCCGUGCGUUGCUUCGUGCCAGCUGCUGCCAGCCAUGGACAUAUCGACGCAGUCACAGGUGCACGGACUGAACACCUCCACAAUGGCCGCCCGCAAGAAGGAUGCGGAAGCGAAGGAAAAUCUCUGGUCGUCCAUACUCAGCGAAGUACAAACACAGAGCAACACCAAGCUACCGUCGAACAAGUCGGUGCUGGUGCUGGGGGACAACGCGAGCGGCAAGACGACACUGAUCGCCAAGCUGCAGGGUGUCGAGGACCCGAAGAAGGGCUCCGGCCUGGAGUACGCCUACAUAGACGUGCGGGACGAGUAUCGGGAUGAUCUCACCCGGCUCGGCGUGUGGAUCCUGGACGGCGAUCCGGGCCACAACAAUCUGCUCAAGUACGCACUGAACGAGACGAACUACGCACACACGCUGGUCAUACUGACCCUGUCGAUGACGACACCGUGGAGUUGGGUGAACCAGCUGCAGCACUGGAUGAAGAUAUUGGACGAUCGCGUCGCGGCACUCAAAAUCGAUCCAGAGGAAAAACAGCAGUGCCAGGCCCGGCUGUCGACCGAAUGGCAGAACUACUGCGAAACGAUCGACGAUCUCGACCCGGGCUCGCCGAUCAAGCGGACGAAUCGGCUGUCGUCGGUGGACGACGAGCUCGAUGCGCUACCGCUGCCGGAAGGCGUCCUCACGACCAACCUCGGCCUCGACGUGGUGGUGGUCGUAACGAAAACCGACUAUAUGACCACGCUCGAGAAGGAUCUGGACUACCGAGAUGAGCACUUCGACUUCAUGCAGCAGUGGAUCCGCCGGUUCUGCCUGAUGUACGGAGCAUCGCUCUUCUACACCAGCGUGAAGGAGGACAAGAACUGCGAUCUGCUCUACAAGUACCUCACGCACCGGAUCUACGGCUUACCAUUCCGAACGCCCGCGUUGGUCGUCGAGAAGGACGCGGUGCUUAUACCGGCCGGCUGGGACAACAUGAAGAAGAUUAGCAUACUGUACGAAAACAUGCAGUCCUGCAAGCCGGAUGAUUACUACAACGAUAUUAUUGCACAACCGCCUUCGAGAAAGACUGUUUCGAACCGUGAGAUCGAGAUUCAGACGGAAGACGAGCAGGCGUUCCUUGCCCGCCAGCAGCAGCUACUCCAGCAGGGCCAGGCGCCGACGCGCGGCGAGUCACCGCUCCGCUCGCAGCCGGGCAGCAACGGCAAGAGCGCCCAGCGAACUCCGGUGGCCGCCGGCGCCCAGGGUUCACCAAAGAAGGUCGACGGAAAGCUCGCCCCGGGAACGCAGAGUGGCGAGGGUGUGCUGGCGAACUUCUUCAACUCGCUGCUGCACAAAAAGUCGGUAUCGCCCGGGUCGGCGGCGGCUGCGGCGGCCGCCGGUGGGGUGGCGGGCAGCCCGCUCGCCACCUCCUCGCCCCGCUCGCUGAACGGCGUGACGGCGUCGGAACCGGUGUCGGCCAGCGACAAGAUGAGCAUGCGCACCGACGCCGCCCUCGAGCUCGACCGUCUCGCCCGGAGCGUGAAGAAGGAUCUCGACUACUCGGCGGCGCAGUCCGACUGUUGAGCGGCCGGCCCGCGGGCAGGUGUGCUUGCCCUCCGCUUCGGCAAUUAGGUGAUUUAGAUGCCGUGCAGUCACGACUGCCUUACGUGUUUAAUAAGGGAUGUGGAUGAAAGAUGCUGGCGGAUGUGUACGGAGACCACGGAUAGGAUGCAGGAUCUCGCGAGAUUGAGAGAGAUAGAGAAAGAAAGAGAGAGAGAGAGAGGGGAGAAAAGGAUGCGCGCAAGUGAAAGUGGGCUAGGAUUUAAUGUUAAAAAAAAAACAGAGGAAAACGAAGGGAAUCACUAUUCGUACGUGACUCGAACGCCGAACGAUGUAGGAAGACUUUGCGGCCUGCGGCGUGUAACAUGUUACUCAUCUAUUUCUCUACCGUGCACUCGAGUUACACACUUUUCUUCCCUUUAGCUUCCUUAUUUCUUAUCUAGCUACAUUUAAUAUACGCCCUAUAAUAAUACACCAGAGCGGCGCAACCAUUCACCGUGCCACCGUUCGUACGGCAGCUGCCCCUGCCUUGUUGUGAGCUUGCUUUGGGAAAACAACAACAGCUACAACAGUGGCGUUGCAAUCGCUUGUUGAUGCAAGUUUUCGGUGCAAAUCAUACUAGUUCCGUUUUUCCUCCUUAUUUCAUUCCUAGCGACGGCAUGGCCGUAGGUUACACUUCAUCAAAAGGGUCAGAGUAGGGCCGUUUUGUGUGCUGCAAAGUACAACACUGGACUUGAAAAGAGCAACUCGGGACACUUUUGGAACGGUUUGCGUGAGCUUGCGUGCUGUUGUGUCCCUAUAGACAGUCUCAGUUCGUUGCAGCCGCGUAUAGAAACGUUUCAAACGCUUCGCAGAGUUAUUUGGCAAAGCAAGUAUAUACAUAGGGCGUGCUGACGGUAAUCAAGGUGUUGUAGUUUCCGAAACGGAUAUCAGGUAGCAAGCAGCAGGUGGUUGUUGCUCCACUUUUCUCUGGGACCAGCUGAACGAUCAAAGGCACUGGCUUUGGUGAAUUAAGGAAAAUAGAAACUUGCAAACAUGGUACCGAGAUUAGAAGAAGGGCCCCGUUCGGAGGGCGAACAUAUACGAAACACACACACACACACACACACACCCCCGAGAGCUCAGAGAACUAGAAUCGAAUUGGUUUGUUUGCCGGCAGCAGCCGUUUUGCCGUGCGCAGUAUUAGUCUUUCCAUGUCCAUCGCUUCCACGGCACACGACGGACAGAGGGCCCCCCUUUAAAUCCUCAACACAACCGGUGCGGCGUCCCCUGCCGGCGAUGCUCUCCGAUAUGGUUACCCACCAGUUGUCCAGUGCGUCCUCCUACACCUCCCCUCGGCUCGGCUGCGAACUGGUAUAUCAUUGUGAUAGAGAUACGGAGGCAGGAUACGGUGAAAGAGAGAGAGAGAGAAAGAGAGAACACAUCUAGAAUUGGUGGCGGCUCAGAGGUCCUCAGAGGAACGUUUGCGCCUGCUUUUUUGUUUGUUUGUUUGCUUGGUUUCCCGUUCCCGGGUAUGUCCGGGGUGUGGCUCCCGUAGGUAGGAAGAAAGCGGAUGAAUUGAAUUUGAAUUAAAGCCACCAGUCUCCGAGA